AAACAAUUUGAUUUUGAACGUUUCGAGUGAAAUUUUUGCGGGAAUUCAAAUCCUGUUGCUGUUUUAUUUAUUCCUAUCAUCUAUCCUAUUUGUUCGUUUGUUCUAAUAUGUCUUCACAAAUCUCUCGACUUGAAAUAGAAUAUAAAGACCAUUCUGAAAAGUUCCUUAUAACAACACAAAACUAUCAGAAGCAAUUCUCGCAUCUCUACGCCUACCGGCUGAAUGAAUGCACUAAACUUCUAACACCAAAGGUUCUAGCAAAAUGGGGCACAGAGUAUCCUAUUAAGAAACUCUGUGAACUUCGCGAGGAUGUCUCCGAAAAAUGCAUCUUAAUCGGUACUUUGUUUAAGCACCAAGCAUUCAAGCCUAGUAUUUUGAGAGAAAUUUCGGAGGAGAAUCAACUGGCACCACAACCUCAGCGGCAACACUACGCGAAUGCAGAAGAUAAACUUAUUUUGGAAGAUGAACUGCAAAGAGUUCGUCUAUUUGGAGAAAUUGAUGUGCGUUUCAUGGCCACUGGAGUGGUUUGUGCAGUUCUCGGCACAAUUGAAGACGAUGGAAAGUUUGUGGUGGACGAAACAAUAUUUCUAGAAAGUGGACCCCAGCGUACUUUGGGUGCACUUCCUAAACCAGCCAGUAUUGUGCUUAUAUCAGGCUUGAAUCAGAUCCAUUGUCACGAGUUCAGUGAUUCGCUUAAUAUGUUCCAGCAAUGGCUAGCCGGAAACAUCGACCCAAGGACAAAGCAUUGUGUUCGUCUGAUAAUAGCCGGGAACUCAGUGCGCUCUUGUGCGGAAAAGAAACAAUUUGGUUUGCAAAUGAAGUCCAGUGAGUCAAAUGAUACAGUUCUUGCUGUAAAGAACUUGGAUAAAUACUUCGCCAGCUGGUCACAAUCUAUUUACAUCGAUCUGAUGCCAGGAGAGUUCGAUCCUGCUACAUUCAUGCUGCCGCAGCAACCCUUCCAUCGAUGCAUGUUCGCCGAAGCUGCUAGGAACUCAUCUUUUCACAGUGUCUCCAACCCGUAUGCCUGUGAGAUUGGUGAUCGUUUGGUGGUUGGUACUUCAGGCCAAAACGUAAGAGAUCUAUUGCGAAAUACAAACCUUGACGACCCACUGGAAGCCCUACGUUCCACUUUGCGAUGGGGCCACAUUUCACCCACAUCACCAGACACCUUGGCAUGCUAUCCUUUCGUUGAAAACGAUCCAUUUAUCAUAACCGAGUGCCCGUCAGUGUAUUUUGUGGCUAAUUGCGAUGAGUUCAAGACCGACAUGCAUACUGGAAGCGAUGGCCAGAAGACCCGCUUAGUAUGUGUCCCGGAAUUUUCAAAAACCCAAAGCGUAGCUGUUGUCGAUUUGAAUUCGUUGGAUUGUAGAAGUGUUUCCUUUAAAGUUAUCGAAUAAAAAUGCUUAAAUUUUCUGUUGUAUA